GUACCACAAACGUAAUUUUAUUUGCUUCAUUAAGAUCCCGCCUAGUUAAUUGAAAGUAUACAUGGGGCCAAGUUAUUGAAAUUGAGGGAUUUAAUUUCAGAUUUGCUUCGAGUUGAAGAUGUCAUCGCACCAAGUGUUUCACUAUUACAACGACUUUUUUCGUUUAAUCGGCAAUCUUCAAAAAAAUCCCUUCUUCUGAGAGUUAGAGGGGUGAAAAUUCACCAGAAAUAAAAAAAAGAUGAUUAAAAAAGACAUUACAACGGAAGAAAGGAAGAGAAAAGAAAUUCAACAAAUUCAGUUUGGAGUUUUGUUCCUACAGUUCUAGCAGUCUCACAUCUUGAAUGAGUUCUUCUCUAUAGUCUUCGCCGAGUGCUGUCAUCCGAAAAUCCACCAUAUUUUUUUGAUCAAUUAAUUGUUUGAUAGAUGUGUAAUGGCGUCCACAGAGCUAUAAGUAAAGAGCUUCAUUGCAGAAACAUAUUGUUUGAUUUCAAAAUAAAACGAAGCGAAACAUGAAUGUAAAAAUUUGCUUUGCAUUUCGACCGUAACUUUCCUAGUGUGCUCAAAGGCAAAUUAACUCACUCUCUUUUCUUUCAUUCUUGAUGUUUUGUAAACGACAAAGAAAAAAAAACUCUAAAAAUUUUUUAUAUUUUAUCAUGUUUAUUCAUAUUCAUGCCAAGUACAUGUAUUGCACCUUCUGAAAAUGUAUUGUCUUUAUGGCUUUGCUAAUGAAAUUUUAAUUUAAAAUGAGUCGCUCACGCUGGAAAUUCUCAACGGAAUCGGAAACGACCAAAAACUCCUGGAGUUUCUUUUAUAACUGCUAGCAUCGGGAGGCGAUUAGACCGUCGUAUGCAAAUAAGUCCGGAGUAUCGUAAACUUUGUUUAGUGCUUUUAUUGCCGCAACGACGAGCACCUUAAUUUCACUUAAGAGGUGACAAAACCGCACUACAUUAGCACAAUCCUUAAAGUUAAAAGCGUUUUUGAAACAUAACAUGAAUUGUGACAAAAUGCUCUUUGUGAUCUAUAUUAUGGAGAACGUUUUGUUGAAAUUGAAUUGAAAAAGAAAUCUGUCAUGGAUAAAUUCAGCUUUCUGUCAAGUCUCUGCAGACUGUGUCGCAUGUGGAAAAAAAUUUAAAAGAGAUCAAAAAAGUCGCUUUUUUUUCUUUGUUAUGUAUUUAUCUUUCUAUUAUGUCAAGAGACAUUGGGAUUAUUUUGAAAAACAGAAAUAACAUAACAGCGUACAUAGAGAAAACAAUUCAUAAAUUUAAGACAUUCAAUGCCCCGUUCAUAAUUAGUGGUUUUAUCACUGUGUUUUUAGAAAAUUGCCUGACACACAUUUUAGCAUGAUAACAAGUUAUCAUCAAAAUUCAAUUCUACUCACUCGAAUACAAUAUUUUGCUCAAUCUCUUAUCUGCAGGUCCACUGCGGCGAGCUUAUUAGGAGGGCGUAAAAGCCAAGUUGGCGAUUAGCAGAACCAAUGAAAUACUCUGUCAAAAAAGAAAGGAGACGUCUUUCUGUUCGAAGCUAAACAUAUGAUCACAGAGAAGCUUGUUUGAAGAGGACUCGGUCUCGUAAACAGCACGUUCGAAACUGUGAUCCAACUGAACAGGUCAUAACACUGCUCUUGAAAAAAAAAACAAACAGUGCAUUUCAAGAAGAACUCCGACGCUGGAAGUAACUACGACAUGAUUUUAAACUGGCUUUAACUAAGACAAACGUUGAUGAUCUUGGUGUGGAAAUCCAUCAAUGUUUCACACAAGCGUUUCGGGUGCAUUAUAUAAGAAACAUCGUAUCUCUAACAAUAACAAAAACCAGCGAAAAUCAAUUUCCGAUUAUCCCAGAACUUCUAUUGGGUCUACAAACGACCGGCGGGUGAAAGGGUCAUUUGCUUCUACCAACGACAGGCGUUUGACGAUCAACGUGAGUGGAAUUAAGUUCCAAACGUGGCAAAGUACACUGUUGCGCUUUCCUGACUCUCUGUUAGGAAGCAUCGAUACGAUGCAGCAAUUCUACGACGCGCGACGGAAGGAGUAUUUUCUUGAUCGAGACCCAUAUCUGUUCAAGUUUGUACUGAAUUACUACCGUUACGGCAAGCUUCAUUGCUCGCAAGAAGACUGUCCCGCGGCUUUCGAGGAGGAAUUGCAAUUUUACGGGUUUUCAAUUUACGAUGUAAACAAUUGCUGCUGGGAUCAUUGCAGUCCAAAAGAGAAAGGAGUUCUCGUCGAAGGCGACAAUGACGAACUUAAGGGGGAAUAUUUAAAUUGCAACGGCAAUUUAUGCGACUUACAUUGCGAACCAAAACUCACUCUUAAGCAGAAGAUUUGGCGAACCAUAGGCCCUUCGAAGACGACUAAUACUGGAGUGAUAUUCCACAUAAUUUACGGGUUUUUCAUAUUUGUAAGUGUUUUAAUAGCUUCAUUGGAGACACUGCGUUGCGGGGAAACAUCGACGUGCGGAGAGGAACACCACCAAAUAUUCUUCACCAUUGAGUCAAUAUGUGUCAUCAUUUUCACAGCUGAGCUCUUGAUUAGGUUCUACGUUUGUCCGCAAAAGAAGAAAUUUAUGUUAGACGCAAUGAACGUAAUCGAUUUAUUAGCAAUAGUUCCUUACUAUUUAACUCUGGUAGUGGAAAGUUUUGGUGGGGAGACAAGUUUUCUGCAGAUACUUAAGGUGUUAAGAGUGAUUCGUAUUCUGAAACUCACCCGGAACUCUCGAAGACUUCGGUGCCUUUUGUUGACUUUACGGCGAUGUGCUGUCGACAUCGUCUUCCUCUACUGCAUCUGUUUCUUGGCGAUAAUCUUAUUUGGAACAGCGAUUUAUUAUUUAGAACUCGCGGAGGGGGAUCCGCAGUUUUCAAGUAUUCCAGAAUCAUUUUGGUACAUCUGUGUCACUCUCAUGACUGUGGGUUACGGGGACGUCGUGCCGUCAUCGAUUCUUGGUAAGAUAGUUGGUUCCAUUUGCUGUGUUUCUGGAGUAGUUUUACUUGCGUUGCCGAUUCCAAUCCUGCAAGAAAAACAAGUACCAUGCACGUUGGAAUCUGUGACAGCAAGAAGGAAGCGGAGGCCUGGUGAAAAGACAAAUGUGGAGUGCGCAACCUGUUUGGAGGAAAAGCGCUGUUCACUAAGGGAGAUCUUUAAAGAUAGAUUCCAUAUUGCCGUCCGUGGACAAACAAAAAAUCAAAUGAACAGAACAAUAGCUGAGCACGUGCACUUUAGAACUUUGUACAUUUAGUUUUGUACCUCAGCUUUGUACUUCGGCCAAACCUGUGUUGGACCCUCUCCUCAUUGUUUAAAGUUCCUUAGAAAUCACAUAGGACGUCGAAAUGUGGUAAAAACAUCAGUUUCCCUUUUCUGUUUUUAACCACAUUUUGACGUCAUCUGUGACCUGUUACUGACCAGACGCAGGGCAACAUGGGAUAUUUUUGUUCAAUAUACAACCAAGCUGAAAAGCUGGCUAAAGCUAAGAGGAGAUUUGCGUUAAUUACUUAAAGCAUUCGCCAAAUAAUCGGGUAACGUCAAAACCAGGGAACCCUUGAGAGAAGUAAUGGUCAUGACUUUGACCAACCAACUGGAAAGCUAGUUUAAGCUUUCUGAGGAAAACCAUAGAGAAAAGCACCAGGGAAAAGAACCAGUUAGUAAAGAUGUCACACAGAAUUAUACAAAACCGCAGGUGGAAAGGGGCGAGUUGGAAGUGGGGCGAGGGGGAGUUGGAGAGGGGCGAGUUGGAAGUGAGGCGGGGAGGGUGCUAAAAGGCGAAUGUGUACUUCAAUUGGAUUAAUUUGAUUAAUUACUUCAUUUAAGUGUUUAAGUUUCGAGUUUCGCGCUGAAGAGGGAUUGAUUAACAACCGCCUAGAUGAAUACAAAUGUUCUGGGAAAUUGUGGAAUAAAACAGCUCUUGGAGCAACAGGCUGGAAAAAUGCUCUUUCAGACACCUUCCCUUUCUCAUUUCUUUGAGUAUCAGGCAGCAGUGAGAACAGAGUAUGCAAUGGUAGCGGUGGUGGGCCAGUGAAAAAGGGGGAG